CUGAAGGAUUCCCCCAAAAAACGUGACCCGGAAGUGCUUUGUUAUUAUUGCCUGCUUCACAGCGGCAUUACAAGAAACAUGGCAGCCAUCAUGGCCAGGAACGUCCCUGGCUUGAUGAGGCCGUUGACUCUGUUUGCCAGGGGGCAGCAGAUAUGUCGGUUCUCCACCAUAAUCAAUCGUCAAACUGUCCAGAGGUCUCUGGUCACUACUCCUGCAUGGGCUUCUCUGUCCGCCAAAGGCUUCCAGACACCCAAGCAGAGCAUCCUGCAACGGGUUGCACCUCUCAUUCCCAGCCUGGUCCAGCAACCAAGCAGAAACCUCACGUACAUCAGUGUGAAAAAAGGGAAGAGGAAAUCUGUGAAGUCAGUGGUGAAGAGGUUCAUGCGUCUGCACUGUGGCCUGUGGAUUAGACGCAAGGCUGGAUACAAGAAAAAACUGUGGAAGAAGUUGCCUGCCAGAAAGAAGCGUUUAAGGGAGCAUGUGUUUUGUAACAAAACACAGAAUAAGCUCUUGGACAAAAUGACCACAAAAUUCUGGAAGAGGAGGAACUGGUUUGUCAAUGAUCCCUACAAGAAAUAUCAUGAACGUGUCAACCUAAAAGUCUAAUGGCUAGAAUUGUCCUUCCCACUCUGAGAUGUGUGUACAUUUGCAAUUGAUUAAUCAAAUGUCAUUGUACACAAGAACAUUGCUCACAGUAUCAUUUUGGUCAAUGUAGAGUGAAAUGCAGAUUUGGGCAAUUGAUGAAUAAAAUGAUCACUGUAUUGUUUGUUGUUGAAUAAAUUAACUCAAAUGUAUUGAAAUCUAUUACAUUUAAAUAUAAUACAAAAUACAUAAGCCAUGGUGUCACAUUGUCUCAUAUUUAUUGGCUGUCACCAACAGAAACACUGAUGAUACAGAGAAAGCACAUGUCAUUUUAGCUCAUU